AUGUUCCGGGUCGCUGAGCCUACCCCGACCCGAGCUCAGGCGGCGAGAAAGAGCUGGCAUUUCAGUAGGACUAUGGAGGAGCUGGUUCAUGAUCUAGUCUCAGCACUGGAAGAAAGUUCAGAGCAAGCCAGAGGAGGUUUUGCUGAUACUGGAGAUCAUUCUCGAAGUGUGUCUUGUCUUCUAAAGCGACAGGCAAGGAAAAGGAGGGGACGAAAAAGACGUUCAUUUACCACCCAUCAUCCCUGGGAGACUGGUCAUUGCUUAAGUGAAGGUUCUGAUUCCAGUUUAGAAGAAUCAAACAAAGACUACAGGGAGAAUCAUGCUAAUAAGAAAGACCACAGUGACUCUGAUGACCAGUUGUUGGUUGCUAAACGUAGGCCUUCCUCAAACUUAAAUAACAUUAGAGGCAAAAGACCUCUGUGGCAUGAACCAGAUUUGGCUGUUGACAGUCUGGGAAACAGAACUUUGCGCAGGAGAAGAAAGGUAAAACGAAUGGCAAUAGAUCUGCCAUCAGAAGUCUCUAAUGCACUGACAAUAACUCAACAGCAGGAUAACAGCAGAGAUCAAGAAAUGGACAAUGACAAUAAAACAUACCAACACCAAGAGUUUUCUAAGAGCAAAGUGAAAAAAAGAAAAGUAGCUGCAGCUCGACAAGGACCAGAAAUCUUGGAUGAAGGAGUAGUUAUAGAAAAUGAAGAACUGAACCAAGCAAAUAAGGACAAAAUGGAGUAUGAGGAGCAGAAAGGCUCAGAUGAGAACAUGAGUGACAGUGAAUCCAGCAGUCUGAGCAGCAGUGAUGCUGGUUUGUUUACCAAUGAUGAGGGAAGACAAGGUGAUGAUGAGCAGAGUGAUUGGUUUCAUGAAAAUGAAUCUGGUGGAGCAUGUGGAAUUACGGGUGUCAUUCCGUGGUGGGAACAAGACGACUCUGCAGAACUGGAGAAAGAAUUGCCUGAUCCAGUCUUUGAAAGUAUAUUAACCGGUACUUUCCCUCUUAUGUCCUGUUCAGGGAGGAGAGGUUUCCAGGGUAGAUUUAGUCAUCUUCAUGGAAUGCCAGCAAGAAACAUAAAAAAGGCUUCAGGAAACCAGAAUGCAUUGAUAACUCCAGGACCAGGCGGUAGCAGGAAAACGGUUCACUUGUCCCAGGAUUCUCUUCACCAUGACCACUGGUUUAGCCCUGGGGCUAGGAAGGAACAUAGCCAGCUUCAACUCUUGCGAGACAACCGAUCAGAAAGAGGACACAAGAAGAACAGCUCUGUAAAAACAGCUAGCAGGCAAACCAGUGUACAUUUAGGAUCGUUGUGCAUGGGAGACAUCAAACGGAGAAGGAAAGCUGCUCCCCUGCCAGGACCCACAGGGUUUGUAGGUGAAAACACCCAACCAAUCCCAGAAAACAACAUUGGAAACAGAAUGCUUCAGAGUAUGGGCUGGACCCCUGGCACGGGCCUUGGACCAGACGGCAAAGGGAUAGCAGAGCCAAUACGAGCCAUCCAGAGACCAAAAGGACUCGGACUUGGAUUUAGCUGACAGAAAUGCACUCUGGCUGCCCGAUAAAAAUAAAGCUCAAAAUUACUUUAAAAAGACAAAAAAAAAGAAAAAAAAUUGCAAACUUAUAUUAUUUGUUGUGAUCGGCAAAUCCAGUUACUCUUCUCUC